UGGGAUUGUGGGUAUGUCAUGUUUCCUCUACACAGUUUCACUGUCAGCUGUUGCGGAGAAAGUUUUGACAUAAUUUCACAACUUAUUUCUCAAGUCUUUUAGAGAUUGAGACAGAUUGGAAUCAAAUUUAUCUUGCUCUUACUUUGUCGUCGACCUCCGGGCUGUUUUAUUGAACCAGCUUGCAGCAGUUUAUUUUCAAAACUCCUGUUUGCAGUGAAAGGACUCUCGGAAUGAGCUUGAACGAGCACUCCCUGCAGGCUCUGUCGUGGAGGAAGCUGUAUCUGAGCCGAGCCAAGCUCAAAGCCACCAGCCGGACAUCGGCUCUCUUAUCGGGUUUCGCCAUGGUUGCCAUGGUGGAGGUGCAGCUGGAACGGGAUCAUAAGUAUCCUCCAGGGCUUUUGAUAGCCUUCAGUGCCUGUACUACAGUUCUGGUUGCAGUGCAUCUCUUUGCUUUGAUGAUCAGCACCUGCAUCCUCCCUAAUCUGGAGGCUGUCAGCAACGUGCACAACCUCAACUCUGUGAACGAGUCUCCUCAUGAGCGAAUGCAUCGCCACAUAGAACUUGCCUGGGCUUUCUCCACAGUUAUUGGCACCCUUCUCUUCUUGACAGAGGUGAUGCUCUUGUGCUGGGUGAAGUUCCUACCUCUCAAAAGCACCACAGAAGAAAAUAACGGCACCAUAAGUUCUGGCGAGGCAGCAGCCAUUGCUUCCACCUGCAUCAUGGUGCCAUUUGGAAUUGUGUUCAUUGUCUUCGCUGUCCACUUUUACCGCACACUUGUCAGUCAUAAAACGGACCGGCAGAUCCGAGAGCUGGAGCAGGUCAUUCGGCUUCAGAGCCAGUUGGACCACAGGGUUGAGAAUGAUGACCUCAAGGCCGUUGUCCAUUUCCCCUGAUUGUAACCAGUGAGGAUACAACAGCAGGGACGUUCAGUAGCGCCUCCAUUGGGAAAUCUCCCAUAAAAGCUUUUUUAUCUUUUGUUUUCAGCAAAUGCACUCAGAUGUGCAGUGAUGUGAGUUUAAUCUGAUGAGUAUUGCAUGUUUCAGUUUGUUCCACUUCUAGAUAUUGCAUGUUCACAAACCCAGUUUUGACUUGAUGUUUUGCAAAAAUCUUUUGGUCUCAGACAUUAAUAGCCAUUUUUUAACCCAUUUGUUUUACUUUUUCCAUAAGAGCAACUAUUAAAUGAGCCAAAUUUUGCCUACUGUAUAGUAAUGAAUAUCUGUGUCUAAUUGUUGGUCAGUUGAACAAUUACACCAACUCGAGACAGUGAUGAUUUGAAUGUAAGUAACAAGGCCAGACUUUAAAUUAUGGUUUUGAAAAAGCCUGUCUGUAUUUUACAAACGCAAAUUUAGUGGUUGUGCACUGUAUGAAAUUUUUCAAGUUUUUUUUUUUUCACAGCUUUAUUUAGAUUUAUUAGUUUGCGUUUCUGGGUGGCUGUUGCAGCACUUUGAAUCAAAAGCACUGUGAAUUUCUUUUGGAGCAUUUUAGGCUUUGUGGUUUGUUUCAGACUUAUUUUUCUUCCUUUAAAAAAAGUAAUCUAUUGGCUCGCUUUCACGAUACUUUCUGAUUCAAACGUACUCAAAGCUCUUGACAGUUCCAUGUGUGAAGAAAGUGUUUUUGCACAAUUGUUACAAAGCAUGACAGUACUGAAAAUGUUGUGUAAAAGUUUUAUAACUCUUCACUCCAUUUUGUAGUUUACAGCCGUGAGUGUGGUUACACAUCAGGUAGGUUAUAGGUUUUCUUUUUAGGUGUAGAAAGUUUUUUUUUUUUCAUUAUUUUUUUAGGCACAUUACUAUACUGUUUCUACCUGGGUUCUGCUAUUUUCUUUACUGUCUUUAAUGCAACUCCGGGAGAUGUGAUAAUAGCCCCUUUCACACAGCCAGUUCGAGGCGGGAACGUUGCGCCUUUAAGCCGCCUCGCUGUUCUGUGUGAAAGUCACGGAGGCGGAAUGUGGGGGCCAAGUGGCCCCACCAAUAAGCCGGCAGCGGAGGUAGUCACAGAGCCGAAACGGGGUCUGUGUGAAUGACACAGCCGGCAUGCCGGCAUGCCACUAGACGCUGACACUGUCGUCACGCCUCUGAUUGCGGAACGCCGGCAUGCUGUGUGAAUUUACAGACGGGAGCGGCGUUAUGCCGGCGUUGUAUGUGAACCAACAAAGGCGGCGUAUUGGCAGGACUUCUUUACACCAAUAUUGCGGAAUCUCUGUGUGAAAGGGGCUAAUGUCAUAAAAACAUUUAAAUGUAUAUUGUUCAUCCCCAGAUAUGUUGCUUGACAAGAUUAAAUUUAAAUAUUUGACAGGAAACAUUUUUAUUUGGGCAUUUUGAAUUACUCGUUGUUAUGCCACAACUUAUUUAAAUGUUGUUACAUUCUGUGUUUACAUCAACAUAAUGGUAUAUUUUUGCAGUGUCAUUUCUGUAUCUUUUAUUCACCCAAUGAACAUAUGCAACCAUGGUAAUGGGACAAGCCUGCAGACCUUAUUAUUAUUGAAACAAAUGAUAUUACAUUUAAGGUUCAUAAAUGCAAGUAUCGAUCAGUCUAAAGAAUGCGUAACAAAAGGGCCAUUACCUCAUCUAAACCAAAAAUACAAACCAAAACCAGAAAGGUACAUUCAGACUAUGCAUUUGUCUUCAGAGAUUCAACAAUGCAUGUGAAGGCAUGAUUCUUCGGUUUAUUUACGUGGCUUAUCUAUUUAUUCAAAUGAAUGUUAUUGUAUGUGUCAAAGCACAGCUUAUGUAACUUUUCAUUAAAUAUUAUAUUGUA